AUGGCGUCUAGUGAACCUCCAUUCAUGCACGAGCAGCGCUCGGAGAUGGCCAAACUCGAGGCUGCUGGCCUCGAACUCCUCGGCCCAUGUCCACCGCACUUAGGUGAGGCGUCGAUCGACAUCCCAUUACCCGACAACCAAUCCAAUGCAACGAAGGUGGUGUGGCCUAGGUUAUCGGAUGAACUACCGAUUCGGUGCCCCCUGGUCAUAUAUUUCCACGGUGGUGGCCUCUCAACGUGCAGCCCUGAUCUAGUCCUAGCACCAGCCCGCGGAUUUGCCACCGUCCUGUCUUGUGUAGUGGCCUGUCCCACAAUCAACCAGUUACCAACGCACCCAUUUCCAGAACCGGUACGAGCUGCCUGGGAAGCCUGCGCGUGGAUGUCUGAAGUGCGAAACUUGAACGAGGGAGUGUUGAAGAAUUCUGGGGUCAGCGUUGACCCCGGACGUGGCUUGGUGGUUGGUGGACUCAGCUCUGGUGGCUCUGUGGCUGCCGUGAUCGGAAGCAUACCUGAUGCCAUAUCGGCCGGGCUUGAGGGGUUUGCUGGUCUGACUCCUCUCCGGAACCCCAUCACCGGUAUAUUCUCGGGCUUGCCGUUUCUGGUCUCCGAGCCUAUGCUUCCAGCGGAAUAUCGCGGUAUCUUCAAAUCCAGAGAAACGGCAGUGGACAAUAAAGCUAUCCUCGAUGCAAUGCGACACGACUUGGAGGCUCGGCUUGAUGUGCACUCCCCUUGGUUCUCGCCAAUCAACCUGGAGUUCUCCCACGGCAGGACCUUCCAAGAGCAUCCAUCCAAGGUUUUUGUAUAUGGUGGAGAGCAUGACCUGUUCCGAGAUGAUGCGAUUAUCUAUGGUAAAUGGUUCUCCGAAUCAGCGGGGGUGCAAGCCAGAACUACCAUUCUCAAGGGUGAGGGCCAUACGGCUUGGGUAUCCCCUCCCUGGCCAGGCAGCCACAGCCGCAUGAUCAAGGAGGCGACACUCGAUGGUAUGGCUUGGCUGUUGGACAUGGAGUGGGACAAAAGCUUGGAGGAUUUGCCGUUUUAG